AUGCCGCCCGCACCAACGAAGGAAACUCAUCUCAAAUACCUGUCUGAAGCCCUAGCGCUCGCCCGACUCUCACCACCCCAACCAACAAACUUCCGCGUUGGGUGCGUGAUCGUCUCCUUCGCCGACACCGACUCGGACUCGGACUCGGACUCUAGGACCACACUCUCAACGGGUUAUACCCUCGAACUCCCGGGCAACACGCACGCAGAGCAGUGCGCACUGACGAAACUCGCACAACAGCACCAGAUCGCCGAGGACCAAUUAUACCAGGUCUUAACGCCGCAGGUCAACGCCGUGCUGUACACGACGCUCGAACCGUGCGGGAAGCGGCUGAGCGGGAAUCUGCCGUGUGUGGAGCGGAUUAUUGCCACGCGCAGGAUCGGUGGUACUGGUGGGGGAGGAGUGAGGAAAGUGGUCUUUGGCGCGAAGGAGCCAGGGACGUUUGUAACGGACUCGAAGAGUCUGCAGAGGUUGAAUCAGGCCGGUGUGGAGUGGGAAUUUGUGCAAGGGUUGGACGAGGAAAUUUUAAGGGUCGCGAUGGAAGGGCAUGUGAGGACGGAGAAGGUUGACAAGGCUGAGGAAGCUACCAGGUUGGGACAGCAGCCAGACGAGUCACAGUCACCGGCUAAACAGCAAGGUACUAAUGUAGAUGACAUCAGUCCGGAAGAAAGAAAACGACAGGAAGCACUACCACGCAAUCGAAAGAAAAGAAUGAUGGAGGUCGAUGUGCCUCAAUGA